AUGACUGGUCGUCCUCUCCUACCCCAGUCUGCCUCUGCCUCGUCGACCUCCCUGGCCAAUUAUCAAAUGUCAAACCUCAGUCUCGACAGCAACAAUCCCGAAUCAGGUGGCACACCUACUGAGAGCAAGACCCCCGAUCUUCGAGCUUUGCUCUCUCAAGUCGUUGACUGGCUACAAGAAGAAAAGACCAAGCGCCAGAGACGGCGACACCGGCUCCAUCAUCUUCCUUCUCACCUUGACCACCGUCGCCACCAUGCAAGUCCACUGGCCGAACAAUCUGAGGAUAGCUCCUCACGAGGCUACGAUAGCGGGGCGGAAAGCGAAGCAGAUCAGUCCCUCGAGAGACUGGAAAACAUUCUCUCGGGAUUCACUUCGUUCAUGCCCGCAUUUCCUCGACCAACACACAAAUCUUCCACCUCGCUCCUGAGGAAAGGAUCCAUAGCUAGGAAAUACAAAAGAGCCUCAACGGUGCCGCACUCUUCUGACACCGAGUUCUUUGGGGAUGAUAUCCUGGUGCCGAGUGUCGAAGCUUACCUGGACAACUCGAAAACCAUGGCGUUCACCGGGGGUACGGACGCCGACACCAGCGACAACGCCAAAAGUCGAGACUACGAACAUUGGCUCAAGUUCAAGACGGACAUUGUGCGCUUGACACAUACUCUGAAGCUCAAAGGCUGGCGGCGUGUUCCUAUCGAACGGGCUCAAGACAUCGAUGUCGCCCGUCUCAGUGGAGCACUCACCAACGCCGUCUAUGUUGUCCGGCCUCCAAAGAAUAUGUCCGAAUACGACCAACCCAAGACAACCGACUCUUCUGCUCUAUCACGUCCCAUCACGAAACGUCAACCUCUCCAACUCCUGCUGCGCAUUUAUGGACCACAGGUCGAACAUCUCAUCGAUCGCCAGGCCGAACUCAACAUUCUCCGCCGACUCUCCCGCAAACGCAUCGGACCUCGUCUAUUGGGGUCUUUUGACAACGGUCGUUUCGAGGAGUAUCUGCACGCCAGGACCCUCACGGCCGAAGACCUCCGGGAGCCCGAGACGUCCAAGCAGAUUGCGAAACGAAUGCGCGAGCUCCAUGACGGGAUCGACCUUUUGGAAGAGGAAGUCGACGCCGGUCCUGCAGUAUUCAUCAACUGGGACAAAUGGGUGGAUCGAUGCGAGAGAAUCAUCACCUGGCUGGACAAACAAGUCUACAAAGCCGAACAAGAGGCCCAAUCCGGAACAGAAAGUGGUCCAUCUAUCAUCAACCCGCGGUACGUUCGACGCGGACUCAUCUGUGGCGUGGAAUGGCCCGUUUUCCGCAAAACAUAUGAAGCGUACCGAAAACGCGUGAUCGCCGACUGCGGCGGGAUGAGUGGGAUCCGGAAAGCUCUUGUCUUUGCACACAAUGACACGCAAUAUGGGAAUUUGAUGCGUCUGGAACCUAGCGGGGAGUCGCCCCUACUACAACCCUCGAACCAGCACAAGCAAUUGGUGGUCAUUGAUUUUGAAUACGCGUCGCAGAACACCAGGGGCCUCGAGUUCGCCAAUCACUUCACGGAGUGGUGCUAUAACUACCACCAUCCGGAUCACAGUUAUGCGUGUGAUACACGCAGGUAUCCCGACGAAAAUGAACAACAUCGCUUUGUCCGCAGUUAUGUCAUGCAUCGACCGCAAUUCAACCCGUCGGCCAGCGACACGCCGAAGAUGGAGGGGAGGGAGAAGACGAACAUUGGUGACUUCAUGCUCGAUGUGAGGACGCCUGUGGGGGGGACUGGUGGUGGCGGUGGCAAUGUCAUUGAAUCAGACUACGAAAGGGAGGAAACGGAACGAGAGAAGGCCCAGGAAGAGGAGAUUCAGAGCUUGUUGAGGGAGACGAGGGUAUGGAGGCUUGCGAACUCCGCCCAAUGGGUUGCCUGGGGCAUCGUGCAGGCCAAAAUCCCCGAGUUGGACGCUUUGGAGAAAGAGAUGGAGAUGGAGGUUAAUGGAAAGAGCAAAACCAUGGCGGCGGCGGGUGCCAUGAUGGACCGAGUCAAAGGAAUGACCAGAGCAGGAGUUGAAGCGGCUGUGGCAGGAUGGAAGGGCGAUAAGAACAAGAAUCUUCAUCCUAUGUCGGAUCCUCUGGAUGAGGAAGAGAAGAGAAUUCAGCGGGAAAGUCGAGGGGACAGACCGGAGAGCAGAUAUGAAGAGGAGGCACAUCAUGAGGGUGAUGCAGGUGUUGUUAUUGUAACUGGAGAGAAGAAUCCGGCUGGACUUACUUCCCCACCGAACGAGGAGAAGACUGAAGACACGGAGACGGCCGGUUCAGGGGUGACGAAUGGAGGUGCUGUGUCUCCAGCUCGCCCUCGUGCUGGCACUCAAGACCAGAAUCAGGCUCCGACUGCGCAAGGGACCCAGGAUGCCGGAGCCGUCACUGGAUCGGCAACAGAUGAGGCUGAUACUGAAGCUGAGGCGGGUCGCGAUGACAACGUGGACAAUACCCCAUUGGUCCAUGAAAGCCUCGAUCCAGCCGAAGACGAGCACGAAGAAUUCGAUUAUCUCGCCUAUGCCCAGGAACGCGCCAUGCUGUUCUGGGGCGAUUGUAUCCAGAUGGGUCUGGUCAAGGAGGAAGAGUUGCCGGAAAAUUUGAGACGGAGAGUCAAGAUCGUGCCAUAUUGA